CGCGCCAGGUCCGUGCGUCUCGCUCGCGGACCAUCAGACGCUCCAUAUUUAGCCGUUGCGAGUCUCGCAGAGACUGUCAAGAGAAACCCUGAGAGAGAGUUCAACUCUCAACUUAUUUAAUGUCACCACUGGCGUAAAACGAAAGGAAUAUACUCUUUUGGAAGGCCGCUAGCUUCGAGCUUGGAAGCCAGUGAUGAUCGGGGACUUUAAGUUAAGAGAAGACGGCGUUUGACGUGAUUUUUUUUCUCCUCUCAGAUGGGAAUGUAGCUUAGCUGGUUAGCCUGGCCACUAGCAGUAGCAGGCUAGCGCUGUCGAAGAGAGGAGGCGACAUAAGUGGACUUUUACUCGCUACAACGUCAUAACACCUCAACAAACCGCCUCAGUCUUUCCAAAGACGCGUUUCUGAAGGCGUCGCGGUUAUAGAAACAGCGAUUCGGGACUGUAUUUGAGCAGGCUGAGGGGAACUUUUCGUUUUAGCUGUCUAGCUAGCUGGCCGUAACGUCAAUCUGUCAACCGAACCUGAAAUCCCGAACAGAUCUUUCGAGCCUUGUAACGUUACUGGGGCACCGUACCUCCCUCCUCUCUCUCGGCCUCCGUUGAUAUAACGUUAACGUACGGGCUUCUGGGGAAGCUGGAUUAGGAGCUCGAAACACGGGAGGAGACGCUCGCAUUGGGUUAACGGAACCGGUUCGGGGGGCCGUCGGGAUCCAAGAAGAGUUUCUGAAGUUCGUCUACUGCGAGCCGGGGACGGAACCGGACAGAGACCUCAUGAAUGGAAAUCGGAACUACAGGAGCCGUUGGGGCCCAGUCCCUGUUCUCCGUGCCACGGAGGCCCGGCUAUGGCACCAUGGGGAAACCCAUCAAGCUGCUGGCCAACUGCUUCCAGGUGGAGAUCCCCAAGAUGGACGUCUACCUGUAUGAGGUCGACAUCAAGCCUGAGAAGUGUCCACGCCGUGUGAACAGGGAGGUUGUGGACUCCAUGGUGCAGCACUUUAAAGUCACCAUCUUUGGGGAUCGAAGGCCCGUUUAUGAUGGGAAGAAAAGUCUCUACACCGCCAACCCACUCCCUGUGGCGCCAGCUGGGGUGGAUUUGGAUGUUACGCUGCCAGGGGAAGGAGGCAAAGACCGACCCUUUAAAGUCAGUAUUAAGUUUGUGUCCCUGGUGAGCUGGCACCUGUUGCACGAGGUACUCACUGGUCGCAGUAUGUCAGAGCCCUUGGAGCUGGACAAGCCAAUCAGCACCAACCCAGUUCACGCUGUGGAUGUGGUUCUACGCCAUCUACCCUCCAUGAAGUACACACCCGUGGGCCGCUCAUUCUUUUCUGCUCCGGAGGGCUACGACCAUCCUCUGGGGGGAGGCAGGGAGGUGUGGUUCGGCUUCCACCAGUCUGUUCGGCCAGCCAUGUGGAAGAUGAUGCUCAACAUCGACGUGUCAGCCACGGCUUUCUACAAAGCACAGCCAGUUAUUCAGUUCAUGUGUGAGGUACUGGACAUCCACAACAUUGAUGAGCAGCCUCGCCCCCUCACAGACUCCCACAGAGUCAAAUUCACCAAAGAAAUCAAAGGUCUGAAAGUGGAGGUGACCCACUGUGGAACCAUGCGGAGGAAGUACCGGGUCUGCAAUGUGACCCGCCGCCCCGCCAGCCACCAAACGUUCCCUUUGCAGUUGGAGAAUGGCCAGACUGUAGAACGAACAGUAGCUCAGUAUUUCAGAGAAAAGUACAACCUGCAGCUGAAAUACCCGCACCUGCCCUGUCUACAGGUGGGCCAGGAGCAGAAACACACCUACCUGCCCCUGGAGGUGUGCAACAUUGUAGCAGGGCAGCGGUGCAUCAAGAAACUGACAGAUAAUCAAACCUCCACCAUGAUCAAAGCCACAGCGAGAUCAGCACCAGACCGACAGGAGGAGAUCAGCAGACUGGUGCGCAGCGCUAACUACGAAGCAGACCCCUUUGUUCAGGAGUUUCAGUUCAAGGUGCGAGACGAGAUGGCCCACGUGACGGGGCGCGUGUUGCCUGCGCCCAUGCUGCAGUACGGGGGCAGGGUGAGCACAGAGCACUUUAUGAAUCGCACUGUGGCCACACCCAGUCAUGGAGUUUGGGACAUGAGAGGGAAACAGUUUCAUACCGGGGUGGAGAUCAAGAUGUGGGCCAUCGCCUGCUUCGCCACGCAGAGACAGUGCAGAGAAGAGAUUCUCAAGGGUUUCACCGACCAGCUGCGUAAGAUCUCAAAGGAUGCUGGGAUGCCCAUCCAGGGUCAGCCGUGUUUCUGUAAGUACGCACAGGGAGCCGACAGCGUGGAGCCCAUGUUCAGGCACCUGAAGAACACCUACUCUGGACUGCAGCUCAUCAUCGUCAUCCUGCCGGGAAAAACACCCGUCUACGCGGAAGUGAAGCGUGUCGGAGACACUCUUCUAGGAAUGGCCACUCAGUGUGUGCAGGUGAAGAACGUGGUGAAAACCUCCCCUCAGACGCUCUCCAACCUCUGCCUCAAAAUCAACGUCAAACUCGGCGGCAUCAACAACAUCCUGGUCCCGCAUCAACGGCCUUCAGUGUUCCAGCAGCCAGUCAUCUUUCUCGGGGCGGAUGUCACACAUCCACCAGCAGGAGACGGGAAGAAACCAUCCAUUGCCGCAGUUGUGGGCAGUAUGGACGCUCAUCCCAGCAGGUAUUGUGCCACAGUGCGUGUCCAGAGACCCCGACAGGAGGUGAUUCAGGAUUUGGCCUCUAUGGUGCGAGAGCUACUCAUUCAGUUCUACAAGUCCACUCGCUACAAACCCACCAGAAUCAUCUUCUACAGGGACGGUGUGUCUGAGGGCCAGUUUAGACAGGUGUUGUACUACGAGCUGCUGGCCAUUCGAGAGGCCUGCAUCAGCCUGGAGAAGGAGUACCAGCCCGGCAUCACGUACAUAGUGGUGCAGAAGCGGCACCACACACGCCUCUUCUGUGCCGAUCGCAACGAGAGGGUGGGUCGCAGCGGAAACAUUCCUGCUGGUACGACAGUAGACACGGAUAUCACACACCCCUACGAGUUUGACUUUUACCUCUGCAGUCAUGCUGGAAUACAGGGCACAAGCCGACCCUCCCACUACCAUGUCCUGUGGGACGACAACUGCUUCACUGCGGAUGAGUUCCAGCUGCUCACUUACCAGCUGUGCCACACGUACGUGCGCUGUACCCGCUCCGUCUCCAUCCCCGCGCCAGCCUACUACGCCCACCUGGUGGCCUUCCGUGCCCGCUACCACUUGGUGGACAAAGAACACGACAGUGCCGAGGGCAGCCACGUCUCCGGGCAGAGCAACGGUCGGGAUCCCCAGGCGCUGGCCAAAGCUGUGCAGAUUCACCACGACACCCUGAGGACCAUGUACUUUGCCUAAGCCAGCUCACACCAAGCCCACGUUUGACUAGUCAUGCACACGAACCCGACAACCACACACACACUCUCUCAGUCA